UUGGGGAAUGAAUCCUUCGGGGACCUAUUAAUACAUCAUGACUGGAGCCACAAAAGGGCGCGGGAGUGGUGAGCCAGAACAGCGCAGGACAACAUCGUGACGCUGACGGGCAGCGUGGCCUGGAGUAGAGGGCAGAAAGGGCACGGCUUGGGGGCUGAUAAGAAGUGGGGGAUGGACAAGCGGUCCCUCUCCCUUGCUUGAGCCCAUUCCACCGAAGCUUGAGGCCACAGAGAAAACUCCAGCACAGGACGCAGCCGUCCCUCCCUUUCCUUACCAGACGCAAGCCCUCCAACCUCCAACCCCGCCAGUACGCACGCGCCUGCUCCGCGAGGAAGGGCGCGCGCCGGGGCAGCCCGCAUGCGCAGCCUUGCUGUGGCAGGUAACCGACAGGACGCACGCGCGCCUCGCCGCGGUUUGAGCCGACGUCGGGGGAGGAGCCCAGGCGGGGCGGAGUUCAGACGCCACGUGCGCUCUCUGUCUCGCCCCGCCCCUUCGCGUAUUCUUGAGGAAACAGAGCCCGCGCACCUUUUCCCCUUGUAACUGCUGUUUGUCGUUCGCUGUCUGCUGUGUCCCGAGGCUGGGACGUGGCCCCAGGACGUUCUAAAAGCCUCCAAGAACUGUGCACUCCACAGCUGUGGACCCUGUCUGGCGCCAGGGAGAGCAGAGUGCAGGGAGGACUUGGAGCUCUCAAAGCAGUCCGUCUUUUGUCAGUCCCUUCUAGCAAUGGAGGGAGGCUAUUAGCUUCGCCGACAGCUACGGAGCAGCAGGGUUGGCUCAUAGACCUGCCAGAGGGCCCAGCAAGCAGCCCCAUUGCAAAAAUGUACCACUGGGACCAGCCUGAGGAGGGGAGCCUGGAAGUGCUGCCCAGCCAAGAAGAGCAGAUACUCAACUCCACCUUCGAAGCCUGUGACCCCCAGAGGACAGGCAUUGUGGCUGUCACCCAUGUACUAGCCUACUUGGAGACUGUGACAGGACGGGGCUCCCAAGAUGCUCGCCUCCAAACCCUGGCCUGCAGCUUGGACCCCAACGGGGAGGGCCCUCAGGCCACUGUGGACUUGGACACCUUCCUGGUCGUCAUGCGGGACUGGAUUGCCACCUGUCAGCUGGAUGGGGGAUUAGAGCUGGAAGAGGAGGCCACCUUGGAGGAGACCGCCCAGCAACUGCCAUCUGGAUUCCCGGAAGCUGAGGACACAGCCAACCUGGAAAGCUUCGGCGGGGAAGACCCCAGACCUGAGCUGCCUGCCCCAGCCGACCUGCUCAGCAGUCUGGAGGACCUGGAGCUCAGCAACCGCAGGCUGGUUGGGGAGAACGCCAAACUGCAGCGCAGCGUGGAGACAGCCGAGGAGGGGUCAGCGUGUCUCAGGGAGGAGAUUUUGGCCCUGCGCAAGCAGCUUCGCAGUACCCAGCAGGCUCUCCACCUUGCCAAGGCCAUGGGUGAGGAGCUGGAGGACCUGAAGACUCUGGCCAAGAGCCUGGAGGAACGGAAUCGCAGCCUUCUGGCCCAGGCCCGGCAGUCGGAAAAGGAGCAGCAGCAUCUGGUGGCUGAGAUGGAGACUCUGCAGGAGGAGAACGGGAAGCUACUGGUCCAGCAGGAUGGAGUGAAAAGGAGGAGUGCGGAGCUGGCCACGGAGAAGGAUGCUUUGAAGCGGGAGCUCUAUGAAUGUGAACGCCUCAUUUGCCAACGAGACGCUGAUCUCUCUGAGCGCACUCGCCAUGCAGAGAGUCUGGCCAAGACCUUGGAGGAAUACAGAGCGACAAGCCAGGAACUGAGGCUGGAAAUCUCACACCUGGAGGAGCAGCUGAGUCAGACCCACCAGGGGCCAGAGGAGCCACCUGAAGGGGCCCAGGUGAGAAGAGUGGGCUGGACCAGACUGCCGCCCCCAUCACUGGGUGUGGAGAUCAAGGCCAUUCAGCAGAGACAACUUCUCCUAUCCCAGAAACAAGAAGUGGCAGCCACCAGUCUCUCCAAUCCUCUGUGUGGCUUUUGGCAGUGGGAGGAGGCCACCGAUGAGACCGAUGCGGAAGCUGAGUUUCCGUCUGAAGCCCCAGCUGGAGCACAUAGAAGCUUCCAGGGAGAGCCAGCGCACCCUCAAGAAAAAAGGAAGAUGCAGUCCAUGUGGUUGCCCAGAAGAGAGGCCGAAGAGGAAGCAGAGAACCACUUCGCGGCCAAUCUCCCCAUCCCUGUGGGAGACCCCCACGCUGGAGACAUCCCAGAGAGUCCUCCUGAGAGCAGCCCUUCUGAGUUGGAACUGCAACAAGCCCUGGUGCCAGUGGUGAAAAAGCUAGUCCCAGUCAGGAGGCCAGUGUGGGGCCAGCUCUGCCUGCACCCUCUGCGCCCCCAGCAGCUCAGGGUCACUUGGCACCCGCAGGUCCUGGCCCCUGUGCUGGGCCUGCUGCUGCUGGGGCUGCUCUCCUUCCUGCUGCUGGGCCAGGCCCCGCCCACCACCUGGCCCCACCUCCAGCUCUGCCAUCUCCAGCCGCCCCCAGUGUGAGCCCUGCCCCCACCCGCCUGCUCCCAGCAAUGUCUAGUUCAGUGAGUUCGGCCAGGCUCUUUCGACUGGCAUUCCCAUUGCUGGGCCACUGUCACCUGGAUUCCCCAGCACCGGAACCCCAGAUACAGUACUCCAGGAUCCACACCCCUUUACUGAGUUUGUCUAUGACAUCUCUUGUUUUUUUAACAUUGGCAACUACAUUUCUUAAUGAGAGCAAAACAUGCCCAAUAAAGAAUUAAACACUA